AUGCCACCAAAGAAGAAAGCCAAGACGACAAAGAAGAAGUCUCCACCCAUGUGGCUGGUCAUUUUCGACAACAACAAUGGUGGCUAUGACGAGCAUACCAUAGAGCAUGCUUUGUAUGAUAGUCUGCAAAAGGCCACUGCUGGCGGGCUCAAUCUGAUGGAUGCCAAUUCUCCAUGGGGAAGCGAGUGGCGACAUGGUGUAGAAGGAUUAGGCCAUGAAGAGGAAGAAAAUUGUCACAGCUUUGAGUACAUUCCACAACUUGGUGCCUCUGGUGGGGAUUUAAUAUCGAAUGCAAAUAGUGACGUCGAUAGCCAUCAUGUAGUGGUAUCCAUCCGUCCAUUGGAGGUAAACCCAUCGAAACUACCAAUUCCAAGCAGCUCGCCAGUAGAAGGUCAAGUCUUCUUCUGA